AUGGCAAGGGGGCUAGGAAAAUGGAAACAUGGAAGCCCAUAUUCUUUUCUCCUUCAAGCUUCAGCCCAAUCUUUUGAGACCCAGGCCUUUGCUACUCAAAACCAUCACUUAGUACCCAGCUACCAACAAACACUGAGGCUAACACAGCUUUUAUCAUACCUUCUAAGUGUUAACGCAACUUCUAGCUUGACAACUUGGGGAACUAAGGACUACCCUACGGCUCCCACUGAACCUGGAAUGCUCGGUCAUGAUCACGCAAAAGCUCACAAGUUCCCAACCCAGAAGUCACUUCUUGAUCGCGAACUUGGGGGACUAUGUUUACACCAUAAUCAACCGAGCAUAUCCAGCCUCAAAACAACUAGCACCAAGGCAAACACGCCUUUUCCCUUGCCGAAGGAAGACACUCUUCCGAGGUGCCAAGCACCUGCCGAAACUCCCGACUGCUAA